AAGCCCAGAAUGUCCAUGGCCUCGCUGAGCCGAGCCCUGCGCGCGGCCGCCGCCUGCCCCGCGAGGAGAGCCGCCCGGGUCCCGGGGCCGCGGGGCCUUGCCGGCGGGGCUGGCCCGGCGGAGAAGAGCGUGCCCUACCAGCGGACCCUGAAGGGGGCACCGGGCGCCUCCGCCGCGGCCCGAGCGCGCCAGCCCCUGCCCAGCUCCGCCAGCGUGGUCGUCAGCGGCGGCAGCUUGGGCUGCCAGACCCUGUACCACCUGGCCAAGCUGGGCGUGAGCGGGGCGGUGCUGCUGGAGCGGGAGCGCCUGACUUCCGGGACCACCUGGCACACGGCAGGCCUGCUGUGGCAGCUGCGGCCCAGCGACGUGGAGGUGGAGCUCCUGGCCCACACCCGGCGGGUGGUCAGCCGCGAGCUGGAGGAGGAGACCGGGCUGCACACGGGCUGGAUCCAGAACGGGGGGCUGUUCAUCGCGUCUAACCGGCAGCGCCUGGAUGAGUACAAGAGGCUCAUGUCGUUGGGCAAGGCGUACGGCGUGGAGUCCCACGUGCUGAGCCCCGCGGAGACCAAGGCCCUGUACCCCCUGAUGAACGUGGACGACCUCUACGGGACCCUCUACGUCCCUCACGAUGGCACCAUGGACCCCGCCGGCACCUGCACCACGCUCAGCCGGGCGGCGGUUGCCCGAGGAGCUCAGGUCAUCGAGAACUGCGCGGUGACGGAUCGCGUGCGGACGGACGACUUGGGCGUGCGGCGGGUGGCGGCGGUGGAGACGGAGCACGGCGCGGUGCAGACGCCCUGCGUGGACUGCGCAGGGGUGUGGGCGCGCGCCGUGGGCCGCAUGGCCGGAGUCAAGGUCCCGCUGGUGGCCAUGCACCACGCCUACGUGGUCACGGAGCGCAUCGAGGGCAUCCAGAACAUGCCCAACGUCCGCGACCACGACGCCUCGGUCUACCUCCGGCUGCAGGGGGACGCCCUGUCCCUGGGCGGCUAUGAGGCCAACCCCAUCUUUUGGGGAGGAGAAUCCUUCACCCCUGACCACAAACCCCAUGGGGAGGCGCCUGAGCUCCGCGGCUUCCUGGGCUGUGGCUUCAACAGUGCUGGGAUGAUGCUGGGCGGGGGCUGUGGGCAGGAGCUGGCUCACUGGGUCAUCCACGGGCGUCCAGAGAAGGACAUGUACGGCUAUGACAUCAGGCGCUUCCACCACUCCCUCACCGACCACCCGCGUUGGAUCCGGGAGCGCAGCCACGAGUCCUACGCCAAGAACUACUCCGUGGUCUUCCCCCACGACGAGCCGCUGGCGGGGCGCAACAUGAGGAGGGACCCCCUGCACGAGGAGCUGCUUGGACAAGGCUGCGUGUUCCAGGAGCGGCAGGGCUGGGAGCGGCCCGGAUGGUUCAGCCCCCGGGGGGGCGUCUCCGGUGAGUCCCCGCCCUGGCCAGUCCUCGACUACGACUACUACGGGGCCUACGGGCAUCCUGCACACCAGGGCUACGCCUACAGCCGCCUGCUGGAGGACGAGUACACGUUCGAGUUCCCUCCCCACCACCACGUGAUCCAGAAGGAGUGUCUGGCCUGUCGGGGGGCAGCUGCCGUGUUCAACAUGUCCUACUUCGGGAAGUUCUACCUGCUCGGUGCCGAUGCCAGGAAGGCUGCAGACUGGCUGUUCUCCGCCGACGUCCACAGACCCCCAGGCUCCACGGUGUACACCUGCAUGCUGAACCAUCGGGGCGGCACGGAGAGUGACCUGACAGUCAGCCGCCUGGCCCCGGGCCCCCAGUCCUUCCCUUUGGCCCCUGCCUUUGAAGGGGACGGCUACUACCUGGCUGUGGGCGGGGCCGCGGCCCAGCACAACUGGUCCCACAUCACCACGGUGCUCCAGGACCGGAAGUUUCGGUGCCAGCUGGUGGACAGCUCGGAGGACCUGGGCAUGAUCAGCAUCCAGGGCCCGUCCAGCCGGGCCAUUCUCCAGGAGGUGGUGGAUGCCGACCUGAGCGACGAGGCUUUCCCCUUCUCCACGCACCGGCUGCUCAGGGCUGCCGGCCACCUGGUCCGGGCGCUGAGGCUGUCCUUCGUGGGGGAGCUGGGCUGGGAGCUGCACGUCCCCAGGGAGGCCUGCGUGUCCGUGUACCGGGCGGUGAUGGCGGCGGGCGCCCGGCACGGCCUGGUCAACGCGGGCUACCGCGCCAUCGACUCCCUGAGCAUCGAGAAAGGCUACCGACACUGGCAUGCAGACCUCCGGCCGGACGACAGCCCCCUGGAGGCGGGCCUGGCCUUCACGUGCAAGCUCAAGUCCCCGGUGCCCUUCCUGGGCCGGGAGGCGCUGGAGGCGCAGCGGGCCGCGGGCCUCCGCCGCCGCCUGGUGGGCUUCACGGUGGAGGAGAAAGUGCCCAUGUUCGGCCUGGAGGCCAUCUGGAGGAACGGCCAGGUGGUGGGCCACGUCCGGAGGGCGGACUUCGGCUUCGCCCUGGACAAGACCGUCGCCUACGGCUACGUCUCUGACCCCAGCGGCCAGCCGGUCUCGCUGGACUUUGUGAAGAGCGGGGAGUACGCCCUGGAGCGGAUGGGGGUGUCCUACGCCGCCCGGGCUCACCUGAAAUCUCCCUUCGACCCCGACAACAAGAGAGUGAAGGGGAUCUACUGACGGCCC